AUGAAGUUCUCCGCCCUCGUCUCCACCUCUCUGCUUGCCCUGGCAUCAACUGCUCCUGUGGACUCAAACAUCCCCUACCACUACGAGGUAAACUCCACUUCGGCCACUCUUGACGGACAACCCUUUCUACAGGACGCUUCUGUCAUUGUCGAGCAGGGCGGACCUUUUGCCAUCACUCUCAACCCCGAAAACUGGGCUCUGUUCACAGACACUCUAUACAACCACACCGGCCUGACUCCUAAGAGCCCCAAGGGUCUGCUGGUGAUCGAAUGUGCUCGAGCCGAGGACGCCAAGUUCGAAGUCAACAUCCACGGACAGGUCUUCCACUUUACUGGCAAGGAAAUUGUCAAGCCCGACCCGGACCACCUUGGAUUCUGCUCCCUCAACGUGUGGAAGAAAAUCAUUGAUGCCAACUACUUUGGUCAGCAGUUCAUUGACAACGUUCUCCACGGAAAGACUCUUCCCGGCAAGUGGCUAGGUCCUGGUCCCAAGCCUUCCAACUGGAGGGACUAA